AUAAGCUCUGUCGUGGGAUUUUAAGGAUAGCGUAACGGAGAAGACAUAUUAACAUGAAGCGGAAAAGGGUUAUUUUGAGUUUAAUUUUAUUUGAGAUAUUAUUUGUCGAUGCUGCUGGACAAGCGAAACCAGAGUACAGUACGGAUCUGGAGACAUCGCUUCGAAAUGAACUGUUUAACCAAUAUGAAGUCCUUCAAAGACCACAGGAAAAUGUUUAUGUCAAUGUGACCUUAACCAUUUUGACAGUGAACGACUUGAGCAUUAAAGAUCAAGCACUCUCAAUAUCAGGUUACUUAAAUGUGGCUUGGUCAGAUGAUCGACUAGAUUGGUCAAAUAGUUCCACGACUAUGCAAGACUAUACUAAUGUCAAAUUUUUGUUUAGUACUGAAGAAUAUGUUUGGAGACCAGCCCUUAUUAUAGAAAAUUCAGUGAACGAUAUAAGUAUCAUAAGCGAUAAAACCAUUCCAAUGCGUAUAAACAGUAGAGGGAUUAUCUAUUGGAGUCCAUCUGGUAUUUACGUAGUUAGUUGUGAAUCGGACACUACAUAUUAUCCCCUCGACUCACAGGAGUGUUCUAUUAAGGUUUCUUCGUGGGCUUACACGUCAACUGAAGUAUACUUAACAUUGGGAGCAGAUCCGAUUGAUUUGAGUUUUUAUUCAGCUAACGGUGAAUGGGAUCUAAUUGCAUCUAGUGGUACAAAAUCUGGUGAUAAAACAAGAGGCUCAGACUCGUUUUCAUCUUUAACGUUUACGGUCAAAUUGCAGAGACGACCUAUGUUCCACGUACUCAACACCUUAUUUCCGGUCGCAUUAAUGGCGGUCCUAAUAGCAAUGGUGUUCAAGCUAGAUGUAGAUUCUGGUGAAAAGAUCGGAUUUGCCUUGACUGUCCUGUUGGCCUAUGCUGUGUAUUUGACAAUGAUAUCUGAUAAUAUUCCCAGUACAUCAGUAACUGUUUGUUACCUGUCGUUGUACCUGGCAUUUAUUUUUUCCUUAGGGGGCAUAUCAGUAGUCCUUACAAUCUUUGUUCUCAGUUUACAUCACAAACCGGAAGAAGAUGAAAUACCACGAUGGGUGAAAUCUCUUACCAACACAGUUCUCCUUAAAAUGGCAUUAAUGAAAAGCUGUGGAAAAUGUUGCAGAAAUUCCAAAGUAGCAGAAGUGGUAUCCUUAUCCGACAAAACAGAGACCAAGAAACUAAAGAUAUCCGAGAAAUGUGAAUUCCCUAUUGUAGAAGCCACUGAAGAUAAAAAUGAAGACGGGAUUACUUGGCACAAGUUAUCAAUUAUUAUGGACAGAGUUUUCUUUAAUAUUUACCUUCUACUGAUAAUUUUGAGUACUAGUAUGCUACUAAUGGUGAUCUUUAUUCAUUAUUCCAAAGCAUAAUCAAACCAUUGCUUACCGGUAAAGGGAAGAUAAACUUGUAUAAUCUUUAUUUUUUCUGGAACAUAAUCCUGUUGUUAAUUGUAUAUUUUUAUUGAAGUCAAAUUGUAUAUAUCAAAAAUAUUGCCGAUUUUUUCGCUGCGUACUAUGCAUGUUUUCAUUUACCUUCAUCACGAAAGGCAGAUGCAAAAGUUCGGACAGCGAAAACUGAUUUUAUAGUAUCAAUAACAAUCAUAUAUUUAGAGUACUAAUAUUGCAUCACACUAAUAAAAGGAAUCACUUACUGUUCCCUUUUUUUACAUUACCUUUAGUACGACAACAUAGAAUAAUUACAAAAAGUCAUUUUCCAUGUUUCCUUUUUUUCGUCAUUCUGUAAUGUAUAACGAAAGUUUAGCUUUGAAAACAAAUCUAGGAUUUCUUAAACUGAACAGCACUGUAGUUGUUAACAUUAUCGUUCUUUGUUCUAUGGUGGAUAGUUUCUUAUUUUUGUACUGUACCACUAUUUGCAAAAGUUUUCGUUAAUGAUGUUUUGGAUGUUCUAUUUUUAUAUAGACUAUUUUAUGCUCCCAAUUGUUCAUAAAAUGUAUUCAGCGUAUCUGACCUUUGUACUAUCAGACGAAAUAUGCUUAUUAUAGAAAUUUGGUUUUCCUUUUUUUUUGCAUUGAACAUAGAAUAAUUGAAUUUAAUAUGAUUGAUGUUUACAAGUAAGUGGCAUGUGCACAAUUAUAUUGGAUGUUUUUAUUAUGAAACUUUGACGAUGCAAUAAGCUACAUACAUUGAGGGAAAAAAAAUUCUUUGUGAUAGUUCAAUCAUUUAUUAUCGUAUUAACCACUAUAUUAUAAUAUUGUAUAUCGUUUUUUUAAUAAAUAUAAUGUAAUUUCUAA